AUGAAACGCCAUUUUGCGGUUCAUGGUGUUCCAGAAUUGUUGAUGACUGACAAUGGCACCCAGUUUGUGAGUGAAGAAUUCAAGUUAUUUGCGAAAGAUUGGAGUUUUAAGCAAGUGACCAGUAGCCCAACAUAUCCUCAAUCGAAUGGUCUUGCAGAGAAUGCAGUUAAACAAGCCAAGAAGCUAUUAGAAAAAUCUAAGAGGGAUGGAUCUGAUCUUAUACUUGGGUUGUUAAACCUAAGAAACACGCCUAGGGAUGAUAGUCUUGGUUCACCUGCACAGCGCCUUAUGUCGAGAAGAACUCGAACAGUUCCUCCGAUGUCAAAUAAGCUUCUUAAACCAAACGUCAUUCCAUGCAAACAAGUGUCACAAAGGAUACGUAGGAAACGAAAGCAACAGAAGACCUAUUAA